AUGUAAACUUUGGUCGAUAAUGGAGUUUGAUAAGAUCUUAAAUUAGAUAGAAAAGCGUCAAAAGUUUUUAUUUUCGGAUUAACUUUAUUUGAUUAUUCUGUUUAGUUUAUUUUUUAGUAAAAAAUAAUAUUUGAUUUCGGACAAAAUGGCGAAUCGAACCGUCAAGGAUGCCGCCACCGUUAAAGGAACCAACCCACAGUACCUAAUCGAAAAAAUUAUCCGGACGAGAAUUUACGAAUCCAAAUUUUGGAAGGAAGAAUGUUUUGCUCUAUCGGCCGAAUUGCUGGUGGACAAAGCAAUGGAGUUGAAAUAUCUUGGCGGGGUCUACGCAGGUAAUGUCAAGGUCUCACCAUUUUUAUGUCUCAUUCUAAAGAUGUUACAGAUACAACCUGAAAAGGACAUCAUUGUCGAGUUCAUCACACAGCCCGACUUCAAGUAUGUUCGAGCUCUGGGGGCGCUGUACAUGAGAUUGACCGGCACAUCCCUGGACUGUUAUAAAUAUCUUGAACCACUGUACCUAGAUUACAGGAAGUUGAAGAGGAUGGAUAGGAAUGGAUUAUUUGAUCUCGUACAUAUGGACGAAUAUGUUGACGAUCUUCUGAGGGAGGAAAGGAUUCUGGAUAUCAUACUUCCAAGGAUACAGAAACGUCACGUCCUUGAAGAAAUGAACCAGCUUGAACCCCGGGUCAGUGCCCUAAUGGAUGACGGUGACGUGGACGUCUCUGAUGAUGAUGUCGAUAUGAAGGAGAACGACCACCAUCACCACCACCACAAAAACGACAGCAGCAGCAACAACGUCAGCGCGACAGCGUAUGGUAAUAGUAAUAGUAGCAACACAAAUGACGUCAUCAACGGCCAUAGAAGUAACAAUUACAACAACAACGAAAGAUUGCGUAGGAGUAGAAGUGGCUCGAAGCAUAGACGAAAUAGCAGCAGGUCGCCUGCCCAUAAAAGGAAAAGAUCCCACUCGAAAGAGCGAGAAUCCCGAAGAGAGAAAGAGAGAGAUAGAGAAAAAGAGAGAGGAGAGAAAGACAAGGAAAGGGAGAGAGACAAGAAAGAUAGAGAGAAAGAAAGAGACAAGAAAGAUAGAGAGAAGGAUAGAGAGAGAGAAAGAAAUAGACACAAGGAGAGAAGGAGGAGUAGAUCCAGAGAAAAACGGCACAGAAGAAAUGAUGAGGACGACGAUGAUGGAUAUCACAAGUCGAAAAGAAGAUAAAUAGAUUACUUCUGUUUGGACAAUGAACUACUGACGACCAAAUUCUUUAUUAUUGUUAUUGUUAUUAUUAUUAAUGUAGCUGUUCAUUCCUCUUCUUCUUCUUCUUCUCCUUUUUAUUAUUAUUAUUAUAAUAAAAAAGUUUUAAUAUUAUUAUUACUAUUAUUGUCUAUAGUAUUUUGAAAGUAAUUUCAAAGAAGUGAAGAUAAAAGUA